AUGGUAUCCAAAUUUCUAUCAAAUGUCUGGGAUUUAUGUACCAAAAGAUCCAUCAAAUGGCAAGUAAAUGGGAACACAUGGGUUGUGAUAACCGGCUCUACCGAUGGUAUUGGUCUCGAAUACGCCAAACAAUUUGCCAGAAAAGGCUAUAAUUUAUUGCUGAUGAGCCGAAGCGCCGCUAAAUUGGCAAAAGUAAGCCAUGAAAUACAGUCAAUGCACCCAAAAUGCCGGAUCAGAGGACUGGCCGUUGACUUCUCGCGCGCCGACAUCUAUGACACGAUCGCCGAAGAGUUGACAUCGUUGGGUGAAAUCGACGUUUUGGUGAACAAUGUGGGCAUCACUUACCCCAAUGAAUGUCCCGAAUAUUUUACACAAAUACCUAAUUUGAAACAAUUCAUCGACACAAUGAUCAACGUUAACGUAAUCUCCUGCACACGACUUAUGGCUUUAGUCAUACCGGGGAUGGAGUCGAGGGCUCGCGGAGUCAUUAUCAAUGUGUCCUCAUUUACGGCCAAUUUUCCCACACCUUUGUUGGCCUUAUAUUCGGCGACCAAAGUAUACAUCGAUUAUCUCUCGCGGGCUCUCAAUGAAGAGUAUAAAUCGAAAGGCAUUAUUAUUCAAAGCGUUUUGCCGUUUUAUGUCUCCACAAAAAUGACUAAAUAUAUCAAAACCUCACUCUUUAUACCAACUCCUGAACAAUAUGUGAGAAGUGCUCUCAAGACUGUGGCUCUUGAGUCCCAAACGGCCGGAACUUUUGGCCACAAGUUGAUCACAAAUGGUCAACGAAUUUGCAGCUAUUUAUUUGGCGUUAAUUUCUUAAUAAAAUUGGCUUUAAUUCACUUCCAGGAGAUUAGACGACGAUUUUAUGCCAACGAAGAUAUGACACAAUUUAAUUACAAACUAUUUUUGCCGACAAAACCAUAA